AUGUUUUUGGGGAUCCCGUUCGCUGCACCGGCGUAUGUGAUUCCACCUGUUCUCGGCACCGAUAUCUCAUGCAAGGGGGUACCGGAAAUUGAAGCCAUGACCCAAGGUGGUCGGGUGUCGUCGCUUCCCCUUUGUUCACCUUCGUUGGUCCCGCCCCCGCUGUUAACGUUACUUUUGAUAACUUCAGGACCAAAGGGAUUGUCCUGUUGACCACAGGAGCUAAGAAGUUGUUUGGUUGAGCUUGGCGGUUUAACGUCGAAGAUGAGGUUCCUGGGGUUUUAUUCCUUUACGGCGAUAUGUAUUUCGUGACUCGCAGGGUCUUAGGCUGUAAAUGGCUCGUAUAAUUUCUGUAGAUAUUUCGAGAAGUACUUCUGAUCGCCUAGCAGCCUGCCUGUGUCCAAAUAUGAGAAAAAAUGAAAAUGAAAGCUACGAA